UGGCUCGAGCCCAGGCAACGAUUUUGAGUGCUCCGCGCGUGCAAGGGGCACCAUGCGGGUGGACGGCAAAUGGUACCGCACGAUUUGGCUCCAGAGUGAGGCCACGGUGCAGAUCAUCGACCAGCGGUUUCUUCCCCACGACUUCGUCGUGGAGGACAUCACCACGGUGGAGGAGAUGGCCGCCGCCAUCAAGGACAUGGCAAGUCUUGCUUCAAGGCCCCGGAAUCUGACCCACUCGGAGGUCCCUGGAGAUCCCAGGGGGCCCCCCGCUGCCCUGGGAGGCCCCAGAGGCCUCCGGAGGCACCUGGAAGAGGCCCGACGAGGGCCAAGAGCGUCCGAUGAAUCUCCCCUUUCCGACCCUCGAGGGUCGAGGGCAGAGUUCGGCACCAAGGACAUGCACGUGCGCGGCGCGGGCCUGAUCGGCUGCGCCGCCGCGUACGGCAUCUACCUUGCCGCCAGGGCGGCCGCCGCGGCCGACGAGCUCGUGCUCGAGGCGGUGGCGGCGGCCGGCGUGAGGCUGCGGGCCACGAGGCCGACGGCCGUGAACCUGGCGGUGGGCGCCGCCCGCGUGGAGGCAGCGGUCGGGGCGGCCCUGCAGGGCGGGGGCGGUGCCGCCGCCGCGGUCGCCGCCGCGAAGGCGGAGGCGGGCAGGUUCACAGACGAGGACGCGGACUUCUGCCACCGCAUCGGCGAGGCUGGCGCGGCGCUGCUCGAGGAGAUCCGCGACGCCAAGCGCGCAAAGGCUGGGGCCUGUGGCGAGGAGCCCGUGGUCAACGUGCUCACCCACUGCAACGCGGGGUGGCUUGCCUUCGCCGACUGGGGCUCCGCGCUCUCGCCGGUCUACGUGGCAUUCGACAGGGGCGUUCGGCUGCAUGUCUGGGCCGACGAGACGCGCCCCCGCAACCAGGGCGCGGCGCUGACCGCUUGGGAGCUCUCAAAGCACGGGGUGCCCCACACCGUGAUAGCGGACAAUGCAGGCGGGCACCUGAUGCAGAACGGCAUGGUGGACGUCGUGAUCACGGGUGCCGACCGCGUGACGCGCACCGGUGACGCUUGCAACAAGAUCGGCACCUACCUGAAGGCCCUUGCUGCUCGCGACAACGGUUUGCCGUUCUACGUGGCCUUGCCCUCCAGCACCAUUCUGACGGGUCCAAGAUCCCGAUCGAGCAGCGCGGCGACGACGAGGUGCGCUACGCCGAGGGCGUCUGCGAGGCGGACGGAAAGAGGAGGCGGGUGCUCCUGACGCCCGCGUCGAGCCCUGCGGGAAACUGGGCCUUCGACGUGACGCCCCGCCGGCUGGUCUCGGGGCUGCUGACCGAGCACCGUGCCGGCCCUGCCACCUCGAGGGGUUCUCGUCGGCGUCGCGGCAUUUUCGUCGCUUCCGCAGGUCUGAUCAUCCCCAGGAUGUUUUUUCCAGCAGCUGCGCCUCGCCGACAGCGUGCCGAGGGGGCCGGGAUCGUCCCGAGCGGCCGCUGGAGGCCCCAGUGCGGGCCCGAAAGCCAUUUCCGCUCAGCUCGGACGCUGCAAUUCUCCUAGAUCCCGGCGUCUUUUUUUUGGGGGGGGGUUCUCUGAAUUUCGGCUUCCGGGUGCCGUUUUCGGGGACCUUGGGCCAUCCGGGGUCGGCACAGGGCGGAAAGCUGGCCCCGGGGAAGAGGUCGGGACCCUGCUGGGGUUGCGGGCCGGAAAUCUCAUCUUCGGAUGCCUGGGCCUGGCCAGGCCGAGAGAACGGUCUUGGAGGUGCCCCCUAAGGGCUUGACGACAAUUCUCCAGUCGACUUGUGAGGACCACGCUGGAUAGAUCCGGGUGAGUGCAGACAAAGCCUGGCACAUCCAGACACAUCAACAAAACCUCCACGGAAAUGUUGAGCAAACCGUGGCCACUCCAGCUCGAGCCGAAGGACGGCAGAAGUCCUUAGGCCCUUAGCGACAGGCCUCCAGAGGCCCACAGAGCUCUCCAGAGCUCCUGGGCCUUUGCGUGGAGGCCCCCAGAGGUCCUCAGAAG